AUGUCACAGGAAGAAAAACAUGGGCUUUUGAACAAGUUGAAAAAGCCGUUCAGAUCCCACUCGAGAUCGUCGAGUAUGAAUUCAGAAAAGGCUCCUGGCAGUGCUGGUACUGGAACCAGCAGUGGGAGCAAAAGGGGCUCUUCAGGGGCUACAGGGGCUACCAGUGGUGGUUCAGGAGCUGCUGGGGCUUCAGGAGCAACUAACGGGAGAUCGAUAGAAGAAUUGGCGUACCAAGAGGGACGCAAAAAGGCUGAAAUCGAAAGAAAGGGAGGUUCAAGCUCAGGAACAGGUUCGGGUGCAGCAUUGGGUGCUGGAGCCGGAGCUGGAGCCGGAGCUGGAGCUGGAGCAACAGUUUCCUCCCCAUCGAGUAAAAGUUAUAGAUCUGGACAGUCGUACGAUGAUGCCGACACGGUAUUGUCAUCUCCAAAAGGACGGGUGGUUAGACAUCCGCCUAAAAUCCACAGACAACCGGUGGAUAAGGAUGUGGGAGGCGACUUCGCCAACCAAAAACUGCCAAUUGACGAUAGUUUGGUGAAUUCCGAGCAUUUUGGAAAUGGUGCUGGAACUGGAGCCGGUGCUGGAGCCGGUGCUGCUGGAGACUCUGGCGUUAAUACCACUGGAACUGGAACUGGAGCCGGUUCUAGAGGAACUACUGGAGCUGGAGCUGGAACGGGAGCCAAGUCCGACUCUACCAACACCGUUGGUGCUGCUACCGCUGGAGCUGUUGCAGGAGCUGCUGGAACCGCCGCAUAUGCUGGUUCUAGAGGACAGGAUAAUAACGGAAACCAUGGUGUAAUAGAAAAUGCCCACCCUUCGUACAGUGACGAUGCAAACAAAAGAGAAGGAACUGGAGUCUUCUUCGAUCCAAGAGAUACCCAAGGUGGUAUUUACGGUAAUAAUAACGGGGGUGAAAUGAGUGAAGCCACCAAGGCCGAAUUAAACAAGCAACGUAAUUUGAAAACUCAUCCUUCGGCUUAUUACGAAGAACAGAAGCAAAAGGAACAACAAAAGAGUGUCAUUGAUGACAUUAAGAACAGUGCAUAUAACGAGGGCCAAGCCCAAGGUUCGCGUGAUGCUAAGGCAGAACAAUAUCAAAAGGACCAGACAGCUGGAGAAUCAGGUCAGGAAUCACCAUCCAAGCAUAAUGAUCCUGAAUCAGAACAUGCGAAGAAUAGAUCAGCGUGGAAUAGAGAUGGUGUAACUACCGCAACCGCUGAAGCCAAAGGACAAAGUGGUACUAAUACUUCAAAUUCGCUGUACUCUGAAAGAGGUUUAGGUACAGCAGCGGCUGGUGCUGCCGCUGGUGGUGCUGGUGGUGCUGCUCUUGCUUCUCAUUCCAACAAGAAUGCCGCCGCCGAUGAUGAUGCCUACGGUUCACGCACAGGUGCUGCUGAGGGUGCUAACAAGACUUACAGUGCUAAUACUAGUGCUGUAGGUGCUGCUAAUGCUAACGCUGACCUCUCUGACAGUGAUUACGACUACGACAGACAAAUCAAAGAAUUAGAUAGAAGAAUUGCAUCUACACAAAAAGAGAUCGACCAAGUUAAUUCUUCAGGUAGCGGUGUUUAUGGCGCUUCUGCCGGUACACCUAGUACAUCUGCCGGUACCUCUGCUCCUGGUACUGCAGGCUCUAAACAAACUGGUCCAACGACUACCGCUGCGACCAGUGGUACAACUGGUCAUACUGCCACUAACGAACAAGAUGACUCUUCGAACAAGGGUAUUCUUGCUGGUACAGGUAUUGCAGCUGCUAUCGCAGGAGCUGCUGGCUAUGUUGGUUUAGGUAAGCAUAAUGAGAAAUCUACUGUUGAUGAUGCAUAUGGUCAGGGUGUCAAGGCUGCAUCUGCUGAUACAGGUGCUUCUAAAUCAAUCUUGGAUGAAGCUUACAAGCAGGGUAUUAUAUCUGGUUCUUAUGAUGCUGGUAAAAAACAUUUCAGAAAGGACUCUAGUCAGAGUAAUUCUGCUGCUGGUUCUAGCUCUACAGCACCCGGAACAGGUGCUUACAAGGGUAAGGAUGUGGCAACGACUGACAUUUACCUGAAGCACACUUCAAAUACUGGAGCAUCUGGUGAAACCGAUUCCAUAAACGAUGAUUCAUCUAAUAAGACCGGAAUUCUCGCUGGAUCAGGUAUCGCUGCAGCUAUAGCUGGUGCUGCUGGUUAUGUUGGCCUCGGCGGGAAAUCCCAUGAAAAGGAGACUAUCGAUGAAGCUUAUGAAGAAGGUGUAAAGGCGGCAUCGAGUUCGCCCAAUGCUGAUAAAGUACAUGAAACUAAGCCAGAAGCAUUUGUAAAAGAUCCUAAUGCGGUUUCCAAUACAAAUCGUCAAGCAGAUCCAUCUUCAUCAGGUAGAGGUGCUAAUGCUGCUACUGGCGCAGCAGGUGGUGGUGUUCUUGGUGCAGCCGCAGCAAUGGCAUCUAAUACUUUAGGUUUUGAUUCUGAUGAUACCGAAGAUGAUUCUAGGAACCGUGCAUUGACAAAGGGUUCUGAGUAUGGUUCUAACAGGAAUAAAUACGACCCAUCUAGUUCAACCGGCGAUGCAGAAAUUAAUGAUGAUGGAUCAACGAAACCUGGUGUCCUUGGUGGGGUCACCGGUGCAAUUAGUGCUGCUGGGGCUGUUGCUGCUGCCAAAGUGGGUUACGGUAGUCCAUCUCCUUCUGACGUUAUUAAUGAAGCUUAUGAAGCGGGUAGAGAGAAGGGUAUAAUUAAUGAAGCUUAUGAAGCUGGUAGACAACAAGGUUCUACUGGGACACCUUCUAGUAAAGCCGCAUAUGGAUCUAGCGCUAGCUCAAAGACUUCUAGAUCGAUCGACACCCCACAAUUACAAGAUGUCGAUGAUGAAGAAGAAGACGACGAAGAAGAUGAAGAUGAGGCUAAUACCACUACCAACUCAACAAGAUCUGGUUUACUCGCUGGUGUCUUUGGUGGUGCUGCCGCUGCUAUGGGAUUAUCGUCACUUGACAGAUCAGAUUCCAACAGAAGCGGCAUUGAUCCAUCUAAGGUUGACAGCCAGAAGGAUACAGUUCCUAGAGAAGACCUUGCCAAGACCAAUACAGGCAAUUCGUCUGGUAGUGGCAUCUUAGGUGCUUUUGGUUUUAACAAGGGAGGCGAAACUUCUCAAGGAAAUUUAAUUGAUGCUGCCGAUGAAGGUAAGGACGUCAAGUCCCAACCAAAACAUUCGGGAGAUGCUGGAGGUCUUGACUCUACCAAUCUAGACACAUCAGAUCGUGGUGAUGGUGUACAAAAAGUUCCUAACUUACCUUCCUCUGGUGCCGAAACUGGCAAACCAGAUACCAAUACGACUGAAAGUUCAAGGAAAGACACUGUGCCAGAUAAGGAUUUGGCCAAGGAAGAUGUAACUGAUUCUAAGGACAGUAAUAAAUCUGGUACGGGUAUUGGUGCUGCAGUAGGUGCAGCAGCUGGUGCAGCGGCUGGUACUCUUGGUUAUUCUGGUAGUGAAAAUGCUACAACUCAUAAUGAUGGUAGCUUAAUUGAUCCAGCUGCAAGGAACUAUGAAGAUGUUGCGAAGGCACCUUCUCAUGGUGGGGAUGCUGAACGUGAUAUCAAAAAACCAGACGAAGAUGUUGAAGGAAAGUCUGAUGAUGAGCCAAAAACUUCAGAAAAUUUUGGUCAAACGGAGGCGGACGUAGCCGCUUACAAUAAAAAGCAUGGAGUUACUGACGACAAGAGAUCUUUGAUUGAAAUUGCCGAAGGUGCUUCUCCAGAAAUUAAGAAUAUGGAGGCCCACCAUGGUGCAUCGGUUGGUAAUGAAGCUGGUGAUGAAAAUGUCGCUGCUUCUGGUGACGGAGUUCAACCUGUCCCAAAAUCUGAUCUUCAGCAUCACAAUAAAUUUGUUGCAACAGGUGGUAAACAAGGUGACUUGAAUGAGAAGGCAGCCUCAGGUGCUAACACCAACCCAAGUGAACUUGAUGCCAAAAAAAAAAGUUCGACCAGUGAACUGAGCCAAUCUCUGGAAUCUGCAAGUGAUAAGUCCAGUAACCAGGGCCUUAAGGGUGCAGCUGCAGGUGCAUUAGCAGGUGCAGCAGGUGCCGUGGGAUUGUCAUCAGCUUCGGAUAAGUCUAAGUCGAAUUCGAAGGAUGUUGAUUCCCAUUCUGAAUAUACACAAGAUAAAGGAGACAAUAGAAGAGGUCAAGAACAUACCACUUCGACCAGAGACACAACUGGUGUCGCUACUGGUACCGGAGCUGGUGCUGGUGCUGCCCAUGGUGCAAGCCAAGGAUCUUCAAGUAAGAAGUCUGGUACCACUUUGAGCGGAAAUGAGUUAUAUGAAUAUUAUGAGGCGGGUAUAAUUCGUGGUUCAUACGAAGCUGGCCAGAUUUUAGGUGCUGAAGAAGCUAGCUUGGCUACAUCUAAGGCCGAGCAGCAUACCGGUGCAGCUGGCACUCGUGAACCAACUGAUUCAAACUCGUCUGAUUAUAGUAGGGCUGCCGCUGGUGCCGCUGGUGCUGGAGCUUUGGGUGGUGCUGCAGGCUAUGGAUUAUCUUCAUCUGGCAAAGAUGUUAAUGCUGAUCCUUCUGCAACAGCCUAUGGUUCUCAAUACAAGGCCCCCUUACAUGAUUCUUAUGGGCAAGGUGUUAAAGAGGGUUCCCAUUCUAAGGGCGUUGAAGAAGGUGCUUACUCUAAGGGAGUUGAAGAAGGCGCCUAUGCUAAGGGAGUUGAACAAAGUGCGUAUGAAUCUGGCAAUAUUGAAGGCGCCAAAGAUACAUCUUCAGGUGUAUCAGCAGGUAAGAGUGCUGCUGUCGGUGCCGGUGUUGGAUCUGGUACUGGCUUAGCUGCUGGAUCUGCGUAUGGGGCAACUCAUGGCAAAUCUAGUAAGCAAAGUAAUUUAAAUAGUAAUGAAUUAUACGCCUUCUAUGUUGCUGGAAUUAUCCAGGGCUCAUACGAAGCAGGACAGAUAGCGGGAGCUGAAGACACGAGUUUGGCAUCUGGUCAAGGUCAAAAAUCCCAGUCUGAUACUACCCAUGGACACGGUCUUGGUGCCGCUGCUGCCGGCGCAGUCGGUGGUGGGGCUCUUGGAGCAGGCGCUGGUUUGGCAGCAAGUUCCAAGGACAAAGGUCCAGAAGAAAGUAAUUUACUUGUUGAAGUUAUUGGUGUUAAAGAUGAGCAAGCAGCAUCAAAGAUUGCUCACCAAGCAUCAAAAGAACUUAGUGCUCAGGGAGUUGACUUGACACACGGUAAAUUAGUUAUUAACACACAAACUAAAGAGGUCUAUAAGACCGAUGAUGUUAAUAAAAGAGUGGGUGAAAACACCAACCACUCUGGUAGAAAUGCUUUGGCUGGUGGUGCUGUUGGUGGUGCUGCGGGUGCUGGUUUAGGCCAGUCGACUGAUAGGCAAGGUGGCUUUUCCCCAAGAGAAAGUCAGAAAAACCUUGAAUCGACCGAUCCAAACGAUCACCAUGAUGAACAUCAAAAGGCAAAAGAAAGAUUGUCCAAGGCAGCUAAUGCAGGUGUUUUAGGCAACGUCCAGCCUUCGGGAGCAGGAAACCAAACUCAACAUGAAAGAGAGUAUGAUCCUUCUGCUGGUCAAUCGCAAUCACAUCACGGCUUGAAGGCUGGCGCCGCUGGCGCAGGUCUUGGUGCAGCCGGAGCAGCAGCAGCUGCUGCUUAUGGUUCCAAUUCCCGUGAUAGUGGUGCCCAUAGAGGAUACGAAGGUGGAACCACACCAUCUGAUAGAUCUGCCGGAAACUAUUCGACAGGUGACCAGGAUACUGCUGGUCACACUGGUCAAGGUAUUUCUAGUCGCGAAGCUAUGGGUCCUGGUGCAACAGGCCAAGGAUCCACAACCGGCCACACUGGUGUAGACGCAGCAAGUAAGCAAUCAGAUGGUUCGGAUAUUGUGGUUACAGUUCAAGGUACUAAGGAUAAUGCAGAAGCUACCAGAAUUGCAACCCAGACUGUUGAUGCUCUUAAGAAGCAACCUUCCGUAUUAGCAGCAGUUAAGGAAUUAAGAAUUGAUGCUAAUACUGGAAUUGUAACAAAUGAGCACGGUAAGAGAAUUGAUUUAGCCCCAUCAAGCGGACAUACACACCAUGAAACUCAGGAUACAAGUUCAUCUCAAGGUAUUGGUGCUGGAUCUGCUGCUGGAUUAGGUGCCGGUGCGGCUGGAUUAGGGGCAGCCGGUACCUAUGGUGCCCAUAAACGCUCAGACGAAACAGGCCAUAAUCAACAGCUAGGCUACCAAGACAUUCAAGACUCCAGAUCAGGUGCUUAUGGUGCUCAUCAAGCUGAAGUUACUGGCCAUAACAAUCGUGACCUUCAACAAGGCUACCAAGACUCCCAAGACUCCAGAUUGGGUAGUUCUGGUACUAAACAAGGUUACGAAGAUUCCUACAACCAAAAUAGAUCCAGAGACGCUCAUUCUAAUGCCUCUGUAGGUUUAGGUGCUGCUGGUGCUGCUGGCGCUACCGGUGCUUAUGGUGCUCAUAAAUAUUCCCACCAAGAUACCCAAGACUCCAGAUUGAGUAACAGAAGUGGUGACAUCUAUGAAGAUGCCUACAAUGAGGGCUAUAAGCAAGGAUCUUACAGACAAACUGGAAGUUCUGGCUACAAUUCUGCUAAUGUCGGUGGUUCCAAUUACACGUCGGCUACUCGUGGCAACGCUCCAGAUCAAGUUGCCCCAACUACAGCCUCCACCCAACCACAACAAUCCGAAUCUAGCGGUUUACGUAUGCCUGGAAGUUUCUUCUAG